UUCAUUUAAUCAAUAAAAUCACGUCCUUUUCUCAGGUCCAAUAAACUUAUGCUGUCGUAAUAUUUGGUAUCGGCUUUAGCGUGGAAUCAAACAACUCAGUGAAUACAAUGACAGAAGAUGAUCUCUAUUAUAAAUACAGCUUGAAGGAUGUGUGUUGCCUCUUCUUUAGGCUUUACUCACAAAUAUACUUUUAUUCAACCAGUCAGAUUGCGAAUGGUGUUAAGGUUGUCUCUUAUGAGCUUCGGUUUAAAUAUUCCUAUUUCAAUCUAUAAUACUAGCCGUUUCCAACUCGCUACGCUCGUUUUUGCACGUCGUCGUACUGCCGCAGGCUUAAGGGCUCCGUCCUUUGUGUUGAAUAAGGGCAAAUGCUGAAUGAGAUGUAGAAAGGCUAUUACAUUCACAGAGAAAGUAAAAAUCGGUAAUUUUAUUGGAUGAUAGUCAUAUAGUUACAAAAAAA